AUGGCUUGCGCCCGCCCCUUGAUAUCUGUGUACUCCGAAAAGGGGGAAGUAUCUGGAAAAAAUGUUACCUUGCCUGCUGUGUUCAAGGCUCCCAUUCGCCCAGACAUUGUGAACUUUGUUCACACAAAUUUGCGGAAGAAUAAUCGGCAACCCUAUGCUGUGAGCAAAUUAGCAGGGCAUCAAACCAGUGCAGAAUCAUGGGGAACUGGUCGAGCUGUUGCUCGUAUUCCUCGUGUGCGUGGUGGUGGCACACACAGAUCUGGUCAAGGUGCCUUUGGAAAUAUGUGUCGUGGAGGACGUAUGUUUGCACCAACCAAAACCUGGAGGCGUUGGCACCGUAGAGUUAAUAUAACCCAGAAACGUUAUGCAAUCUGCUCUGCUUUGGCAGCCUCUGCUCUUCCAGCCUUGGUAAUGUCAAAAGGUCACCGCAUUGAAGAGAUACCUGAAGUCCCUUUAGUGGUUGAAGACAAAAUCGAAGGUUACAAGAAGACCAAGGAAGCUGUACUACUUCUAAAGAAGCUCAAAGCAUGGAAUGAUAUCAAGAAGGUCUACGCUUCCCAGCGUAUGCGUGCUGGUAAGGGAAAGAUGAGAAACCGCCGUCACAUCCAGCGCAGGGGACCCUGUAUUAUUUACAAUGAGGACAACGGCAUCAUUAAGGCAUUCAGAAAUAUUCCAGGUAUAACUCUUCUUAGUGUUAACAAACUGAAUCUUCUAAGACUCGCUCCUGGUGGACACGUUGGGCGCUUCUGUAUCUGGACUGAGAGUGCAUUCCGUAAGCUUGAUGAACUUUAUGGCACCUGGCGUAAACCUGCUACCCUAAAGUCCAGCUACAACCUGCCUAUGCACAAGAUGACAAAUACAGACCUUGGCAGGAUUCUUAAAAGUCAAGAGAUCCAGAAGGCUCUGCGUGCACCAAACAAGAAAAUCACACGCAGAGUUCUGAAGAAGAAUCCUCUGAAGAACUUGAGGGUCAUGGUAAAACUGAACCCAUAUGCAAAAACUGUUCGCCGGAAUGCAAUCCUGCGUCAUGUUCCCAAAGUGACCCCAGAAAAAAUUGAGAAACCGGAAGAAGUCAAGGUAGCCAAGGAGCCGAAAAAACCAAAGGAAGCAAAAAAAAUCUGCAGACGCCAAGAAAAAACCUAA